ACCAGCAGCUCUGACCUGGCAGCUUCCUGAGGAGAUGCAGCCACUUCUGCUCCUGAUGGCCUUUCUUCUGGCCCCCAAGGCACAGGCAGUGAAAAUCAUCGGGGGUCAUGAGGUCAAGCCUCACUCUCGUCCCUACAUGGCAUUUCUUCGGAUCAGGAUUUCAGACAGAAAACGAUGUGGGGGUUUCCUUGUGCGUGAGGACUUUGUGCUGACAGCAGCUCACUGCUGGGGAAGGUCCAUCACAGUCAUCCUGGGCGCCCACAACAUCAAGAAGCGUGAAAGAACCCAGCAGGUCAUCCCGGUGAAAACAGCCAUCCGCCACCCAAACUAUCAUCCCAAGGUCAAUGACAUCAUGUUGCUGCAGCUGCAGAGGAAGGCCACCCUGACUGCCGCUGUGAGCCUCCUCAGGCUGCCCAGGAGGGGAGAGCAGGUGAAGCCUGGGACGGUGUGCAGAGUGGCCGGCUGGGGGCGACUCGACCUGAACACCUCCACAGCCACACUGCACGAGGUAGAGCUGGAAAUCCAGGAGGACGAGCAGUGUGUCUCUUGCUACAGACGCCGUUACAACAGAGCCACAGAGAUCUGUGUGGGGGACCCAGGAAAGAAUCAGUCUACUUUUAAGGGCGACUCUGGAGGCCCCCUCGUGUGUGACAACAUGGCCCAGGGCAUUGUCGCCUUUGGGAAAAAAGGGGGGAAACCUCCUCGUGUUGAAACUAAGAUUUCCAGCUUUCUGCCCUGGAUAGAAAGAACAAUGAGACGUUUCCAACUGCAGAGACCAGUCUGAGGUGCUCCGGAACUG